CAGUGAGCAUUUUCACUUUGUCCUUGUUGCACUCUUGCCUUCGGAUUAUGUCACAUUGUUGCAACAGUUAUUUGUUCAGCUACAAUCUCAAGUAAGUAAUGUGCGUGUAUAUGAGGCAAAGACGAUCCUUUUAAGCGAUGAGAUCAUACAAUGUUGAUUUACUGGAAGGAUUCUGGCGAGGCUUUGAACAGACAUGAUGACGUUUACAACAUGCAUGGCUGGAUCCAGAAACUCUUUAAAUCAAGAGCAUCUUCACAUUGUGAACAAGAGGCAAAAUCUACAAAAAAUUCAGUGUCUUCCUCUGCAUCAUCGUGCUCUUCUUCGUCAUCAUCAUCACCUGGGAAAACCCCAUCGAAACCACUUAAGCCAGAGGCUGCUCUGAGCUCACUGCUGCGACUAAGAUUAAAGUAUGACGUGUUUGUGUGCCACAGCUCUGUACACAGUGACACUGAAGAAGCUGAACGAUUGGUUUCUUUCCUAGAGGCUUCACCCCGCAGUCUACGGUGCUUUCUGUUGCAUAGGGAUAACAAUCCAGGAGGGGCAAUCUGCACAGAGUUAUGUGAGGCUGUGCAGAACAGCCAUACACGAGCUCUGCUUAUCACUCCUAACUUCCUGCAGGAUGAAUGGUGCAAGUAUAUGAUGUACCAGGUUCUGGCAGAGGCACCUAUGUCCAAUCGGAUUAUCCCCUUGAUUCAGAACCUGUCGCACUCUCAGUAUCCUCAGGAAUUGAGGUUCUACUACUACAUUGACCUGAGCAAGAACACUGACCGAGGUUAUAACCUUGUGAACAAGACUGUGAUCAACUACCUGAUAGAGCUGGUUAAAAAGGACAGCAUGGACAGCUCUAGCAAUGGACUAAGUGGAGAAGACAGCCCCCAAAAAGACAAGCCAAUGUCAAAGUCUGACCCCGCUGAGAUUUCAAUACCACUGGAAGUUAUAGAGACAAAGCUUCAGUGACGUUUGCUGUCACCAUCAACAGUAAUUAGACUCUGAUGAAGGGUAAAGGCUCUGAAUGGAAAACGACUGAACCAACUUGGUUGCGUGUGUGUGGGAAAGGAUGUUCAUACAGUGAACAGGAAACAGCUGAAGCCCAGCAGCGUCGGGUCUUUUUUCCUGUAUCAGAUCUAGAGAAGUACUGUAAGUGCUGACCUAGUUAACAAUAACUACUGUUAAUAAGCACAUAUGAUGGCCAUUUCCCUUCAUAGUCUCAGCUUGAUACACGCAAUUCAAUUCAACUGCAGUCCAUAAUUUAAGUUUACAACAAAGGGCACUUCAAUGUCAUAAAUGCAUGAGAAGUAAAAAAUGACAGUUUACUGGAAUAGGUUGUAAAUAUUGCGAUACAAAGUUUACCCAGUAGGUGGUGUAUUUCCCUUUUCUAUCCUGUCAACA